AUGUCCUCGCCAGAAGACGCAUGGACCGAGCUUGGCUCUCCUCCAUCUGCAGCACACAAUACGACCAGAUCUCCAACCAAUACACAAGAGAUGACCACUACCGAUGACACUACAGACCUUGCGAAACACGGGAACCAGAUCGUCAAGCCUCCUAAGCGGCCUCUGGAGGAACAUUCAUCGCCUUCAGACCCGUCUAACUACCCUGCCGCCAAGAGACCAGCACUCGACAAAGCUGCUAAGGUUGACGACGAAAAUGUAACUGCCAGCAAUGUAGCGACGGAGGUUGUGUCUGCCACAGUCGCUAUGGACGACACGAAAGCAGAUCAGGUCGAUGCGAGCGGAGAUCUUGCUGAGGCUCAAGCUGAAGGACAAGCAACCAGUCCGUCUACACCAUCCGAUGCGGCGACAUCAGCAUCGUCCAUCACGCUUCAAAAUCAUGCCAACGGCACGCGAACCGAGCUUACGGACCAAGCGCAGCUUCAGAGCGAGGAACGACCCCCAGCAGACCAGAACGAUGACGAAUCUCCUCCACCACCGAAGACUAUCUACGAUGCAGUCAAUGAAGCUGCGCAGUACCGGCUCAGCAAAGCCAGGUCUGCCAUCUUCACCACUAAAUCAGAAGCCUCAAGUCUCUUCGAUGUAUUCCUUCACAAUCUUCCUACUGACAGACAAGCUCAAUACAACUGCACGGCAUGCCGCCGUUUCAUCGAUCGUUAUGGUGGCCUUGCACUAGUCAACGAAGAUGGCACUUUGAUCUCUAUCCUCUGGCACGAUGUUCUAUGGAACGACAAAGGCUCUCGAGACCUCUGGGACGCCACGGGAACGUUCCGACCUGCCAUUCUGGCUCUACGCAAUCAGACCGAAACAGCCAAGGUCGUCGAUCAGUACAAGCCACUUCGUGACCUACCUUGCACCUAUGACCUCGGCCAUCGAGAAAAAGGGGGCCACAGCCAUUUCUACCUCAACAUUCCACCUAGGUUUCAUGUGAAGGAACACCCUGCUGCGUUCGCGCUUGUGAAUGCCAUUCAGUCUGCGCAGAUGCUGGAGCGACUACUCAACGACUUUGACCUGAGCACUGCUGAACAGGCCCGAGAUCUGCUUACGCGGCACGAGCUUUACAACGCCGACAACCAUAUCGCUGCAAUCACUCAUCUCGUUACCAUCAUGUCAGUCAAGCUGCCCCGUCACUACAGUGUCCGCCGACACAAUCUGAUUUUUCAUCAUGCUACGGCGGCUUUUACCGGCUGUCUCAGUCAGCUUCGUUCCGGGCCUCUGGGAGUGUUGCUGCGCCGUUUGAAAGCUGGCAGCUACAUGCGUCCAAGCUCCAACCCCAAAAUUGGCGCCAUCGUAGCAGCGGAGAGACUGUUCCGACAACUCGGCCUGACCAAGGACGACAUGCGUCGGCGCUUCCUGACUCCUAGUGACAUCCCUGGUCAUGUCUAUCUGUGGCAAUCGGAGGUCGCCAUCAGCAAAUCGAACCACAAUGUCGAGGACAUCAGUAUUUUCGCUUCACUCGCAGAAAAGGCCAUCAAGUCUAGUGUACACCGCCCUCAGCCGUACAAUGCAAGUUCAUCUCCUUCGCCAACCAAAAUCAGCUUCAUCCAGCUCCUAUCAACAAUUUUUCCGGCCUCUUCCCGUGCGUGGAUUGAGUUGGAAGAACGUCAUUCGCUAACAUUCUUCCUGACCGGUCUGGAUGGCUCGAAGUCUCUGAUGCAAUGGCAUACGACAGACAACCUAGUAUCGAGCUACGUCUAUACGAAACCAAAACCAGUGGCACAACACAAUCUCCGAAGCAAAGAGUGGAACGAGAUCAAAGCCAUUAUUCCACCACCGUGGCUGUGGGACGUUCCGGAUGUUGCAAACGCUUUGAGCGGUCGAGAUGGUCCACUGCCAGCAACGGGUUCGGCUGAGGAAGAGAAGUUGAUGAGCAAAUAUUAUCAGACCAAGAAUGGGUUGUCUUUUUUUCUCGUGCUUGAUGGAAUAGAAGACAAGCAAACGAAGCACCUUUGCCUCUUUCCUGCCUGGUUGAAGAGCGAAUUGCAUGGUGUGAGGAAGGUUAUCGAACGAUACAGCAAUGAGGGAGAAAAGGAGUCGAUGGAGAGUAAUCGGGCAGCGGGAAAGGAAGGUUACGUCGGCGGAGUGGAAUUGUGGAGGGGCCACAUAAAGCCAGUCUUGGUCAGAACAGAAAGCAAGGAGAAUGGCGAGAUCGGACUCUGGGAGGUCGACUGCUUUGAAGAUGCCAUGAGAAGACGUCCUGUAGUCUCGCAGGGGACGCAGAUGGACGAGAUCGUGGAAACUUUGGACAAGGCAGGAUAA